UUCCAGUGACGCUUCGAAUAUUAUUCAUGUAGAGAAACCGUUUUUGGUUUUAAAAGUGCCAAUAUAUACUACGAAUAAAAUUCCAAAAAUUGAGAAACUCAAGGUAGACAAGACUAAUAUUGCUCUCAUGCUGCACAGACGCUCGUAAGGCUGUUUGGAAAAAUAAAACAAAUUUCAACAAAUAUGUUUUAAAUAUUGUAGAUUAGCAUAUCAAAAUGAAUACAAACUAACUAGUAAUUUUCUAAAUACUUUCGAAAUUCCUUAUAACAACUAAAUUAUAUACUACUACUAUAGAAUUGACAGCCCCUCCUGUAGAAAUAGUCAGAUUUUUUAUGUGAAAACAAAUUUCCAUUUAUUGAAAAUACCAGAAAGCGCUUCAAAUUCGAUGAAUCAAAGAACCAUAAAUAUGAAUGCGUUUGAAGCUUAGAGAUAGCGGAUCGUACAUGAACUCAGUGUUGCAGUGAAUUUAUUAGUCUCAAAUGCGCAUAGGUGCAUUAUAUUAGUAUAUGGCUAGUAUUAAGUAUUUUUCAAGUAUUUCGUUUCAUUUUGAUAAUACAAUUCGGAAGUGAAACGUUAAAGCUCGGAAGAAUGCAGUGGCGAAAUUUCAUUGCUAUUUCUGUUUUACUAUUCACUGCCAAAACCGCAGCAACACUGGAUACCGAAGCUCCCUCAGACUUUGGCAAUCGUAUUCAAAGCGUUUUGCUGGACAUCCAAGCGGAGAAGAAUUAUAGAACGAUUUUCUUGCAACGACGUCAGGCAAUAGACUGCGUGGACCCGAACGUCGUGAGAUAUUUCAACACUCCAUACGUGAUUUGGAAUGCGAGUGCAUAUGGAGAUCUGCUUUAUGAUUACGGGGAACAUAUUGUAGUCGUGCUCUGUUUGGCCAGCAUCGAUGAUGAGGAGAUGCUGCGAUUGUUGAGCGAAAAUAUCCGCUACAUGCGCCCCACACGCAUUUUGGCGCUGCUCAAUGAGAACUUGGUUGCGACGCAAAUUGAUGAAAUUCUGCGAUUUUUCGAAAUUUGUGGACAAUUGGAUUUGAUUAAUGUGUUGCUCUUGCAUCGAGACACAUUUGUUAAAGAGCGCUACCAUAGUUACACAAAGUUUCCGUCCUUCGCGCUGGAAGUUCAUAACACCAGCAAAAAUCUUAAGCAGAGAAAAUGGUUUCCAGAUCGCUUGAAAGAUCUGUUUGGCAAGAAUUUAACGGUACUACCAGAUUUACAUAGUUUUCAUACGUUUGUUGAAAUUAAUGCUGAUGGAGUUAUUGAAAUGUGUGGUAGUCUGGCAAGGUUCGCACAAAAUUUUGCUGAAUUUAUGAACGCAUCCUUGGUCUUUCACCCAAAUUUUACAACUGACGAUGAUCUCGAUUUUAUUUCGGUCAGGAAGGCCUCACAACAAGGUCUUAUUGAUUGCGGCAUAGCAUUUAAACCAAUUACAUACGGGAGUUCUUCACAAAUGUUGGACAUUACAAAGCUAUCCGUUGCCGUACCAAUAAUCAUCGUGCCACCUAUGACGGCACUCUUCUAUGCUUUCGUCAAGAAACCCACCUUGCUUCUGGUUAUUGUUCAAACCACUAUGCUAAAUAUUCUACUGUCGAAGUGCAUACAGCGCGACAGUGGAAGGCGUCAAUUUAGGAGCAAAUGGAGUCAACUUACAUUCAUCGGCGACACAGGAGUUCGCAGUAUACUGGGCCAACCGUUAUCCAUAUCAAACGGUCUAUCUUUACUCACGCAGUAUGUGUACUAUAUGCUCCUUUUUGCUGGAAUGAUAUUUCAAACUUACUUUGCGGCAAAUUAUUCUCAACUGAAAACAUUUCCUCCACUGCGUCCGCGGGUCUCCACAUAUGAAGAAGCUGUCGAAACAGGUUUUCAAAUUUGCACCGCCAAAGAGGACUUUGUAAAUUGUUUGCAGUAUAGCGGUAUAUUUAUUGAAGACAGGUUAUUGUAUCGUAAACCUUUUGAUUUGAGCAGUGAAAAGGGGUAUGUAGUAAAUCUUUUAACUUGGGAUACGAAUUACUCCGAGCAGUCUAUAUCAAAAGUCAUCGACAAUAUGGAUAUCAGUGAUUUGAAAAUGCUAGCACUUAGACUACCAGAAUACUCAAUUUUCAAGCAACCGUUAGAUAAUUUCACGGCAACUAUAUUGCAAAGUGGCUUAUACAGUUAUUGGAAGCGUAAUCCGUGUGUCGGGAAUUCCGUGAAGUUCCAAAAAAUUUCGUAUGACGAUCUACACAAAACGCAACGACCGCUUAGAGUAGUAGAUCUACAUGGCGUUUGGUUAAUGUAUUGUGGCGCAAUUAUAAUAUGUAUUUUUGUAUUUGUUUGUGAAGUGCUUGUAAAGCUUAUGAAGCAGUUGAAGGAGGGCUUUCGAAACUGACCGACUGUAAUUGACCGAAGCUCUUAAAAAUUACUACAAACUCAUAUUGGAGUUUUAUUUUUGAAAAUAAUGAAAAAAUAACAGUACUUAUAAUUCCUAAAUGUAUUAUAAAUGUGCUUUAAAAAAAUAAAUGUUGUGAUUAUCUCAUUGCAAUCUAUGUUAUCAUCAACUAUGCUUUGUGGACUAGAGACCAUUGUCAUAAAAUCGUAUAUCUUUUUUUUUGCAAAUAAUAA